UGGGAAAGCAAGUGUGAAGUGGUACCUUAGUCUAAGUUUCCGAAUUUUCUUUCAUUUUGAGGCAUUGCGUUACUCUUUAUGAGGUAGAUACCCGAGUCAGAGAGAAACAUGUUUGGGGGAGGAAACACAUCGUUUGGCUCUACUGCCAGCACCAAUUAUAAUGCCAUGAAGGACAUAGAGGUACAAUCUCCACCUGAUGAUAGUGUGAGCGCGGUGAAGUUUAGUCCGGGUACAAAUAUGCAGUCAGCCUACCUAGUCGCAGGAAGCUGGGAUAACAAUGUAAGAUGUUGGGAGGUUCAACAGAGUGGACAAACAGUGCCUAAAGCCCAGCAAACACAUACUGGACCAGUCCUAGAUGUAGACUGGAGUGAUGAUGGAACAAAGGUGUUCACAGCAUCUUGUGACAAAACCGCUAAAAUGUGGGACCUUCAGAGUAAUCAAGCCAUCCAGAUUGCACAACAUGAUGCCCCAGUGAAAACUGUCCACUGGAUCAAGGCACCCAACUACUCAUGUGUCAUGACUGGUAGCUGGGACAAAACCCUCAAGUUUUGGGACACAAGAACGCCAAAUCCCAUCGACACAAUUCAGCUCCCAGAGCGCUGUUACUGUGCAGAUGUUAAAUACCCUAUGGCUGUUGUUGGAACUGCUGGAAGAGAGUUAAUUAUAUACCAGCUGGAGAAUCGGCCACAGGAGUUCACACGCAUUGAGUCACCACUCAAAUUUCAGCACCGAUGUGUCAGCAUAUUUCUGGACAAGAAGAACAAUGGUGCUCCUACUGGGUUUGCUCUUGGAAGCAUUGAAGGCAGAGUAGCCAUACAUUACGUCAAUCCUACCAACCCUAAAGACAACUUCACCUUCAAAUGUCACAGGUCAAACGGCACAACCAAUGGCAUGCAAGACAUAUACGCAGUAAAUGAUAUUGCAUUCCAUCCUGUUCAUGGUACCUUAGCUACAGUCGGAUCAGACUGUAAGUUCAGUUUCUGGGACAAGGAUGCUCGAACCAAACUUAAGACCUCGGAUCAGUUUGACCAACCACUGACAGCUUGUUGUUUCAACCCACAAGGAAAUGUGUUCUGCUAUGCCACCAGCUAUGAUUGGUCGAAGGGGCAUGAAGGAUUUGACCCAAACAAAAAGCCACACAUAUUCUUAAGGUCCUGUUUUGAUGAACUUAAGCCAAGCAUGAAAAAGUCGUAGUACAAGACACUUGAUGAUAAAAUUAAUGUAUCGUCAACCAUCUUUAAAGAUCCUUACUGUUGAUUCCAUAAAAACCAUGUUUUAAAUGGUCGUCACAUUUCUGUGCAACAUGCAGACCAUCAAGAACCCAUUUCCUUGUAUGUGCAUUUGUUUAUUUCCUUCAGUGUCUCUGUUUUACUGGGUUUUUUUGUUUUGUUUUUUUGUUUGUUUGAUGUUACAAACUUUCUGAAUUUUCUCCUUAUUUGUUUUUUCUCUUUGAUUUUCAUUCAUGGAUAUGACUGGAGCAUUAAUUUUGUUGUUGUUUUUUUUUUUUGGUAAUUUUUUUGUAUUAAUGUAAUGGGAUGAGGUAUUUCAGAGAUCAGACACGAUUUACACAAGACUAAUAUUGCAGGAAUGAUAUUUCACAUUAUUUUUAUACAUUGUACUGUAUUACCAUUGGACACAGUUGUACUUUUUUCAAAGCUGUUGCAAAAACAAAAAGAAAAGUAAUGCACACUGCAUGGAAGUACAACUUUUAACAUACCGUAGAAGUUUUAUAAUUUUGUCAAGAGUAAUAUCGUUUUGCAAUGAAGAUGAUAAAAAAUAAAUAAAUGAAAGCUUAGCAAUUUCAUAUAAAUGUAAAUAUUUUGGUUUAUUUUUAUGUUUUGUUUCAUUUUUAUUUUCCUUGUUUUCCAUCUUUCAAAUGUACAUUAUUUU